AUGGGAGGCCGAAUCGAUUGCUAUAUUGACAUUGCGUCCUUUUAUAGCUACCUCGGCUUUGUGUACUUGGUAGAAAACCUAAGAACUCUCGAGUCUCAUGGCGUCCAAGUAGAGUUCCACCCAAUCUUGCUGGGGGGCAUCAUGGCGAAGUCUGGCAACAACCCGCCAUGGUUUAAUAAAGCGAAGGCGAAUUAUGGUACCAUCGAGGGGAGGAGAGUAACGGCCUACUUCGGGAAAUCAGAGAUACAGUUCCCUGAGGAUCUCAUGCCGAUGAGCCAUACUAUUCUCCCCUUGCGAGCUCUCCACUACAUCAAGGCCAACUAUCCUCGCGAGAUAUACCAUGCUGUGUGGGCUCAUCUGUUCCAGAGGUUCUGGACGCCUCCCAACCUCAACCUCACAAAGGUGGACGUCUUCGCGGACGUCCUCGCCGAAUUCAAAGAGUUCACGCCUGAGGACUGCGAGAAGAUACUAGCAGCCACGAAAUCCCAGGAGGUCAAGGACGCGCUCACCAAGGCAACUCAGUCGGCGAUUGACAAGGGAGCAUUUGGCGCACCAUGGUUGUGGGUCAGAAACGAUAAAGGGGAGGCUGAGCCCUUCUUUGGCAGUGACAGAUUCCAUUUUAUAUUCAAGCACCUUGGACUCCCUCAUCAGGACAUCGCUCUGUUGCCGCCAGGAGCCACUUCCAAGCUGUAG